ACCACCGCCGCCCAUGCAACACUGCUGGCGGCCAUUCACUCACUUCACACGCGCAGCACGCACAUCUCAUCGCUGCACCUUUCGUAUUAUCGCCAUGCCGCCAAAACAGGCGAAGCUCGGAAAAUUCUUUGGCACUCCGAAUGGUCAGAAACCAGCUCCUCAGCAGUCGAAGCUGUCUUUCGCCACCAAGGCUGCACCCAAGCAGGAGAACACAGAUGGACCACAUGAACCACCUCCAGCCAGCCCAAAUAGCGCGGUCAAAAAAGAAGAGGAUGUGGAGAUGAAAGAGGAUGAGCCUGUGAAUCAGGGGGCCGAGGACGACGCAGGAGACGAGGCAUCUGCAGAGAAGGAGUCGACAACGUCUGCCACCUCAAAGAAGCGCCGGGCCAGCGAAGAUGUUGAAAUGGACGAUGACUUAGACGAGGAUGAGCCUCCUACCAAGAAAGCUCGUUCGAAGCCUGCUGUCAAUGGAAACAAGAAAGGCGUUGCGAAGAAGACAACGAUCAAGAAAGAAACCCCGCUCAGGACACCAAAAUCAACUCCUCACAUCAAGGCAGAGCCUGCCAGCCUCGACAAUGACGAGAUCAAAUCAUCUCAAGCGAAUACACCGACUUCGCCAGACCGCUCCGAGCCAUCUGAGAAGGAGGAAGAGGAGGAAGAGGAGGAGGAGGAGGAGGAGGAGGAGGGAGAAGAAGGAGAAGAAGAAGAAGAGGCUGACAUGAAGCCUGCGAAGGCUGCGAAGGUCGUCCAAAGCACACUCAGGGCAGACGGCAAAGACCCCUAUCCGGACUGGAAAGUUGGGGAUCCUGUACCAUAUGCCGCUCUCUGCACAACAUUCUCCAUGAUUGAGAUGACUACCAAGCGUCUCGAGAUUCUUUCCCACUGUGCGAGGUUCCUGCGACAAGUCCUCCGUCUCACACCGGACGAUUUGCUACCAGUCGUGCUGCUUAUGGUAGGAAAACUAGCCGCUGAUUACGCGGGCAUCGAAUUGGGCAUUGGUGAGUCUCUCAUCAUGAAAGCUAUCGGCGAGAGCACGGGCCGCAGCUUGAAGGUUGUCAAGGAAGACCAACAAAAAGUCGGAGAUCUCGGCCUUGUUGCAGCAAAGAGUAGAGGUGGCCAGCCGAUGAUGUUUAAGCCGAAGCCUCUUACUGUACGCGCUGUGCACGAAGGCCUUAUGAAAAUUGCAACUGUCGAAGGUCAAGGUGCCCAGGGUCGAAAAGUGGAUGGUAUCAAGAAACUGCUUUCUUCGGCAGAUAUCAACAUGGCAAAGGGGGCGACAAUCGACAUCAACAAGGACAAAGGUGGACCGAGCGAAAGCAAAUUCAUCAUUCGGGCCCUGGAAGGCAAAAUGAGGCUCGGAUUGGCGGACAAGAACUUGCAGGUUGCAGUUGCUCAUGCUAUGGUUGCCCACUCUGUCUCUAAGGAUGGAAAGAAAGUGCCGUCGGAAGAACAACUCAAGAAGGGCGAGGAAGUAUUCAAAGCCGUCUAUGCUGAGCUUCCCGCGUACGAAGUCAUCAUUCCGGCGCUCCUCGAGCAUGGCAUCUGGGAGCUUCGAGAUGCGGUAAAACUCAAGCCCGGUGUUCCUUUGAAGCCUAUGCUGGCCAAGCCGACCAAGUCGAUUGGAGAAGUCCUCGAUCGCUUCGAGGGCAAAGACUUUACAUGCGAGUACAAAUACGAUGGCGAGCGUGCUCAGAUACACUACGUCGCUCAUGAUACCGACGAAAAGUUCGCCGCCACGAUCGCACCUGCCGCUGGGAAGAGCGAUCGAGGCAUUGCCAAUAUCUUCUCUCGUAACAGCGAAGACCUCAGCAAAAAGUAUCCGGACAUUCUGGAGAAGCUGCCGAAUUGGGUCAAGAAAGGCACCAAGUCUUUUGUUCUUGACUGCGAGACUGUGGCUUGGGAUGUCGAAAAGAAGCACGUCUUGCCAUUCCAACAACUCAUGACGAGAAAGAAAAAAGAUGUCAAGACCGAGGAUAUCAAAGUCAAAGUCUGCGUGUUCGCGUUCGACAUUCUGUACCUCGAUGGCGACGCUAUGGUCAAUAAGCCAUUUCGCGAACGAAGAGAAGCCAUGUAUGGCGCUUUCGAGGAAAUUGAGGGCGAGUUCGCUUUCGCCAAGUUCGGCAAUUCGAAAGAGGUCGAGGAGAUACAGACACUUCUCGAGGAUUCCAUCAAGGCAUCCUGUGAGGGGCUCAUGGUGAAAAUGCUGGAUGGUGUUGAGUCACACUACGAGCCAUCACGGCGAUCUCAGAAUUGGCUCAAAGUGAAGAAGGACUACCUCGCCGGUGCUGGCGACUCCCUCGACCUUGUGGUCAUUGGAGCAUACUACGGCAAGGGCAAGAGAACCAAUUGGUACGGCGCUUUCCAACUCGCGUGCUAUAACGACCAGAAGGAGCAGUACGAGACGGUGUGCAAUAUUGGUACCGGCUUCAGUGAAGUUCUCCUCGCCGAGCUAUACGAGACCCUGUCACCUCUGGCUAUCGAUCGGGCUAAGCCAUUCUUCGACCACAGUACGGGCAAAAAUGAUCAGCCUGACGUCUGGUUCGAGCCCAAAUAUGUAUGGGAGGUCAAAACGGCAGACCUCACGCUUUCUCCCAGGUAUCGAGCCGCAUCAAGCGAAUUUGGAGGAGACGGCACUCACAAGGGAGUCUCACUGCGCUUCCCGCGUUUCAUUCGAGUUCGAGAUGACAAGAAGCCCGAUGAAGCGACGAGCAGCAAACAAGUUGCUGAGAUGUAUAGAGCUCAGGAGAGUGUCGGGAAAACCAAGGGCCCGAGCGUAGAUGACGACUUUGAGUACUGAUGAAUGAAAGAGGCGGACAGCUCUGCUGUAUCCCAUGUAGCGCUUCAUGCGAGAUAUAUCAC